AACGGAAGAGAAAAUGACCAUUUUUAAAAAUGUACACUGUGCAGAGUGUGUUCAAAGUUUGUCUAGUUUGUCAUGCCACAUUCAUGAACCUAAUAUCAAUCCUUCUCAUUCAUUCGUUCUACUUUUUAACUUUACCGAGCGUUCGGUCCGCUACGUCUUUAAAAGUUGGUUUAUUUGGGGAGAGAAUGCCUUACCUCAAGUUCUAGGAAUCUGCACUCAGUGGCAGAUGUACGACCCUUUCCAGGGGACUUGUAGAGACCUGAUCUGUCCAGUUGGUAUGACGAUACAAUCGGGACAAUGUGUUCAAUCUUUACACAACAGGAUUGCCGACUACAGCUCUGAUACCACCAUUGGUGACUGCUUCCUACGGUUUUUAUCGUCUGAAGGAAUCGAAAACUACACAAACUACAACUCUACAACUUUGGUAAAGAUUUUCCAGCAAAACAUCACAAAUAACCCCACGACUAGUCAGCAGAUUUACGUAAGAGCAGAAUUUUCUGUGGCAAAACGCAUCGAAGAUGCUCUUCACAGAUUUGUGCAUGAUGAGGAGCUGAAUGACAACACUUCUCGUCUGUGCAAUGUAACAACACUACUUCUGGUAGCCUCAUCUCAAUCCAACAAAAACGUGUCUCAGCACCCAAUCUGUGAAGGUUUCACACUGCAUGACGUCCAACUUGUCGAUAUCGACCUGAAUAACAACAGUGGUAUUCUUUACCGAACAGAAGAUGGGCACGUGUACACCGGGUUAGAAUUUAUGCACGCCACCGUGUAUGAGUUCUCUGGUAAUGCAAGAAGCCGUAACAUAUCAAGGGAAACGUACUUGACGCUGUGUGACCCGUUUGUUGGCAAAAGUUGUCCAGUGCUGUCUUUUAACACAAGCGAGUUUCUUGUAGAGGCAUCCGGUAAAGAUGUUGUCUUUGUUCAUAAAGCUUCAGGUGUAGCAUUCCCAGCCGAUGACAUUUGGCAGUUGCCUGACGGUUCUCUUCGAGUGUGCAACUUUCUCCAUCGAGUGAAGCAAGACAAUUACCCAGCUUGGGUGACAGCACUGUCUGGUUUCAGUUUUGCUGGUAGCAUCAUUUCUGUUGUUUGCUUGCUUUUUGCUCUGUUAACCUACUCUCUCUUCCCAUCUCUCCGGAACCAGCCAGGCAAAAUAAUCAUGAAUCUCAUGGUAGCUUUCGUCUUGGCUCAGUUUGUUCUGAUGGUAGGCAAGAUUUCCACAGUUUGGCUAUGUGUCUUGAGGGCAACCGUUCUGCACUUUAUUUGGCUUGUCGUCUUUUCCUGGAUGAGUGUGUUGGCUGUUGAAUUAACACGCAGCUUCAAGUCCACCAUGCUCCCAAAUAAAGAAACUGAUUCCGUCGAUUGUAAGGUCCUCAAGCUGGGUAUACUUGCCUGGGGACUUCCUGCAAUCUUCGUGUCUGUCUGCUUCUUGGUAUCGAAGUUGGGUCAAAAUCAGUCAUGGCAAUGGCUUGAAUAUGGUGGGAGCAGCUGCUGGAUUGUGAAGCCUCUACAUUCCUUCUUUGUUUUUGGUAUCCCCGUGGCUAUCUUUCUUCUGAUCAAUUUUGUUAUGGUGACUUUCAUGAUCUUCAAGGUGAUUGCAAACCGCAGGCGUCUUGCCGCUGUACAGAUGACAAGAAAAUUAAAGACAGACAUCAUGUUGUGUUUAAAGAUUAUCGUGUUAACCGGAGUGACAUGGAGCCUAUUCUAUGCUGCCAGUGUGGUGGACAGCGUGCCCUUCUGGUACAUCACCGUUUGGAUCAACUCCCUUCAGGGUGCAUUUGUCAGUUUGAUGUUCAUCUUACGAGACAACGUGAGGGCGCUAUGGCUGAAGAAACUGGUGAAGGUUUGGGGUUACUGCCAGUGCCAUCACAACGGCAAGUAA